GUAUCAUGUUUGUUUGUUGUCGCGUUCAAUUUAGCGUCUGGCCCACGCUGGCUCAACGAUAUCAAUGGUGCCUACAAACUACGCUGACUGUAUUAUUGAUAUGGGGCUGUAGUCACAAAGUGCUCUGCAAAUACGCCAUACUCUUCCACCAUUCACAUCUCUCCCAAUAUCGUCUAUAUCACCUUCCACGGAAUCAUCUCCAUGAUGCGGAACAAGAGUAUUCCCUGGGGAACAAGUCUUAACUACCUCUCACACUCAUUCACGGACGCAGGGCUUACACCAUUCAAAUGUGUACGUUGCACUUAUCGCGAGCUCGUGGUCGAGACGGAGUUAGACUGUUGCAAGAUUUUGACAAGAACUUGCUGAGCGCUAUUCUGUCAAGCUCGACGUCACUUUUCGGCACGAUAGUUGGUUUCUCAUUAUUCGGUCUUGCACUGGCAGCGCAUUUCGGGCAGCUCGGAAUAAAGAAGAGAAAUCUCUUGCAGAGUGAGUGCCCUCAUUCGCCACAACAUUCAUUAUGCCACAGCUAUGAUACUGAUACUGACGUCGUGAGCAGACCUCGGCGGACAUGCAUUGUCAAUGGUUAUGCUGGGCAUACCUGUGGGACGAACGUGCAGCGGUUAUGCUUGCGCAGAGGCGUACGGUGAUUACUGAAUGGAGAGAACAGAAGUUGGCGCAUACUGCGUGAUUUAUUGUAGAUUUUUCUGUGCGGAGGUGAGUUCGUGAUUCUUGAUCCUUUUGUUGUUGUGAUGGUGGGCUGAAUCCCUCGAAGGUCAUGCGAGGCAUAUGUGGG